AUGGCGGUUCCUCUCGCAGUACCAGAUGAAGUUGCUUUCUCAAUUCUAUCAAAGUUGCCUCUGAAAUCCCUAAAACGAUUCAUCUGUAUUCACAAAUCCUUCUCUCUUUUACUUGAAGACUCUUAUUUCAUGACCACGUUCCGCACCAAUUUCAUAUCAAAACUUCAUUCUUAUUAUCAUCACACAUCCCUCCUCUUGCUUCAAGCAGAUCAUACACAUGCUAAUUCUUCUGCCAUGUAUUUGCUUUCUGGCGAGAGUUUUCAAAACAGACUCAAAUUACACUGGCCACCUCCAUUUCAAGAGGAUUCCAGAUAUGUUUCAAUUUUGAAUUCUGGUAUUCAUGGCACCCUUUGUCUCCACCGAAAUCGUGGAGACAUUGUGUUGUGGAACCCCUCUACUGAGGAAUUCAAGAUUAUUCCUCCAAGCCCUAUCGAGUCUCUACCUUAUAUGGAUAUUUUACUUCAUCUUCAUGGAUUCAGUUAUGACCAUGUUACAGAUGACUAUAAGGUGAUUCGACAAGUAAGUUUUCUUCAAUACCUCACAGACUUUGAAGGUGAUUGGGAUGAUGUGCCAAACUGCCCAGACCCAUACCCAGACCCCCUUUGGGAGAUAUAUAGCUUGAGGAGUAACUCAUGGAGGAAACUUGAUAUUGAGAUGCAUAGUGCAUAUGGAAAUGAUAGCAUUUACAUGAAUGGAGUGUGUCACUGGUUGUGUAGACCAAACCAAUACAUCGAUGAAGGACAUUUGUUAUCAUUUAAUUUUAGCGAUGAGAGUUCAUUUACAACAGCAUUACCCUUAGAUCUAUGUGAUAUGAUGAUUAUAAAUCGCCCGGUCGUGUUGAAUGGGUCCAUUGCUGUGAUCUCAAACCAUUGUGAAACCACUAUUUUUCACAUAACAGUUUUGGGUGAGGUCGGUGUGAAGGAAUCAUGGAUGAAGCUUUUCACUGUUGGGCCCUUGCCUUGCGUCGAGUAUCUUAUUGGAACGGGGAAGAAGGGUAAUAUAUUCUUCACAAAAAAAGAUGAAGAAGUGGUCUGGUUUGAUUUAGGUACCAUGAUGAUCCAAGAGAUUGGACUCAAAGGAAGGUCACCUUGUACUCAGAUGGUAAUUUAUAAGGAAAAUCUUCUCCGAUUGAGCAAAUAG